AUGCGGGAGCCCGGCAGCCGCUCCCGGUGCCCCGCGCACUACAGCCGGCCGCGGGUCCUCGUAGUGCGCUCGCCGCGCGCGCGGGGCGCGCGCUCGGGCUUGCUCGCGCGCUACGUGGGCGGCCAUCUCGCGCUCGGCGGCUACGCGGACGUGGACGUGCGGCCGUGGCGCGACGACGCCGCCCCGCCCCCGGAGGAGGCGGCCGCGCCGCCGGCGGACGCGCCCGUAAAGGACCUGCGCGCGUUCCUCGCGCGGCGGGGCGCUCCCACGCCGCGCGGCGCCGCGGAGAAGGCCGACCUGCGUGCGGCGUGCGCGGCGGCGGCCGGGCUGCCGCGCGUCGUCGCGUGGGACGCCGGUGUGGCCACGACACGCGGCGAGGUUCUGGGCCGCGCCGACCUGCGCCUGCACGAGAACCGACCGGACGCCCCGCUCGCGGCCGCGUGCGACCUCGUCCUCGUGUGCGUGGCCGGCGACGACGCGGCCGGCUGCGGGGCGUUCCUCGCGAAGAGCCUCGCGACGCGCGAGGGCAUCGUGCCGGUGCUCCACCUCGCGUGCGAACCCGGAAAUCAUUUGCCCGCGUUCGAGGCCGCGUUCUCCGACGCGGCGCGACCGUUGCCCGACGCCGCGGCGCCGCGGCCGCUCGCGGGGCCGGUCGUCGUGGCCGGCGCGCUGCUCCUCGAGGUCGGCGUGCGGCGGACCGACGGCGCCCUCGUCCAGCUGGGCGGCCGCGGGCUCGCGCUCGAGCGCCUCGACGCCGAGCGCGCGGACGCGGGCCUCGGAAAGUUCUACGACCUCGUCUCGACGGCCGGCCUGCCGCUCGUGUUUGAGCGGCGGGCCCGCCUCGCGCGCCUCGCCUGGGGCCACGCGCUGCUCUACGCGCCGCUGCUCGCGGCGCACGCCGCCUGCGGCGGGGCGCUGCCCGCCGAGGCGCGCGCGACCGCGGCCGCCGCCGCGCGCGAGGCGCGGCUCGCGCUCGGGGCCGCCGCUGACCGCGCGGCGCGGCGCGCGGCGCGCGCGGCGCUCGCGGACGGCGGGCGCGCGCCGCGCGCGGCGCCGACGCCGGUCUGCGCGCGGCGCGCGUGGGUCGUCCUCUACGGCGCGGCCGCGCUCGAGGCCGCCGUGGCGCUCGCGCCCGCGUGGCUCUGGCGCGCCUGGAUCGCGCCCCGCGUGCUCGGGUUCCCCGCCGGGGCGGACGCGCCGGAAACGCCCGGCGAAAUGGACGCCCGCGCCGGCGUCGACGGCGCGGGCGUCCUCGAGGCGCUCGAGGCUGCGUGCGCCCCGGAGACGCCCGAGGCGCUCGCGGCGCUGCGGCGCGCGCUCCGGGACCUGCGGGUCACGCGCGCGCCCGCCGACGCCGCGCGGCUCUUCGAGGCAGCGGGCCGGCCGCGCGCCGUCUCCUGCGCGGCGCGGCGCGCGCUCAGGGGUAGCCUCGCGGCGGCCGUCGCGAUGAUGCUCCUGGCCGGCGGCGCGGAGCUCGUCUUUCCGUCGCGCGGCGCGCAGUUUCGCUCGCUCGACGAGCUCUGA